CGUUAAAUGAUAGGCCAUCAUUAUCUGUCGUCCUACUAUUCCUAGUCCAAGAGAAGAUGGUUUUAUUUCAGUGGCUUGCUUUUGGGAAUGAAGCUCCAAAUUAACCACCAAGCAAGCAUGGCUUCGGCUAUUCUUUCUCUGGCCAAACCAUCUCCUCUACAGCCAAAUGGAAAACAUUUUGCAGAAUUCUCAGCUCUCCCGAAGCCAUCAGCCAGCCUGCCUUUUGGCAGAAAGACCUCAAAUGAUCAGCAAAUGAUGAAAAGUAAAGUGGUAGCAUCUCAAAGAAAUAUUGCGUGCUUUGCUUUGCAAGAAUCAUCUACUUCCACUGCUGAUGCUGCUGAUACAAGUACAAAGGAGGUUAAAACAGCUGAUCAAAAAGCAGCAGCUCCAGCAAAGCCUAAAGUUGCUGCAAAAGCCCCAAUGAAGGCGUUGCCUCAAAUGAUGGUGGAGGACGUUAUCCCGCCGUUGAAAGCAAUACUCGAAACUCAAGAUGAACUCUCUGAUAUUGAGCUAUGUUUUCAAGACAACAGGCUGGAAGGUUCCUUUAUAAAGAAGGGCAAUUUCUAUUCGUUUUGGGCCUUCUUCCCCAGUGGAGUCCUCACAGGUCCAAAGGGGUUUUCUCUGUCUUCGUAUGGCUCAGGAGUGAGCACUGUUGAGCCAUUUCUCAUUGAUGAGAAGAAAAUAACGGCAAAACAUAUUGUCUUUUGGGUUGAAAAGCGUUUAGCCGCUCAAGGAAUCAUUCCUGUCUGGAAUUAGACUAGUUCUCCUUUCCGCAAAUCUUUCAUUUCAUUCCCCACUAUAUAUAAUAUUCAUUGUAAAUUAAACGAACAAUGCAUUACUUUAAUUUUGGAUUUUAAUCACUCUGAUCUGA